CAAGCACCGCCCCUCUGCGCGUACACGUGUGGAGCGACUGCGCUUGCGCGGGGCGAGAGCGGUGCGGGGCUCGACACCGGGGGUAACAGGGGGACAUCGGGACCGGGAGGGCCACCGGGAGGACCUAGGAACAGGGAUGGAGACGGAGACAGGGGACCGAGACUGGGGGCCCUGGAGGAGGCCGUCGUUACGGGGUGGUGCAGAGAGACGGGACAGCGGGACAGGGAUGGGGAGUACGGGAACGGGGUCCAGGGGGGGCUCACAGUGGGACUGAGAUCAGGACCGGGACCAGUUUUCGGGAGGGGAAAGAACCGACACCGGGGAACACCGGGACCGAGAACGGGGUGGAACCUGGACUGUGGGGAAACGCCGGAUCGGGACCAGGAGCCGGGACACGGGAUAAUCAGGCCCGGGGGUACAACCGGAACCGGAUCGAGUGAUGAGAUAGGCACCGUGACCGGUCGGGGGGAGGAGGGAAAGGACGGGGCUGGGACUGUGGGGGAACACCGGGACCGAGCAGAGGAUGGAGGUGUCACCGUGCUUCCCUUGUCCCCAGCGGCCCCCGGGGCUCAGCAUGGCGGGCCGGGGCCGCGGCCGGGGCCGGGGCCAGAUGACGUUCAACGUGGAGGCCGUGGGGAUCGGGAAGGGGGACGCGCUGCCCCCGCCCACGCUGCAGCCCUCGCCUCUCUUCCCGGCCCUGGAGCGCCGCGCCGUGCCCCUGCCCGGGGGCGAGGAGGGCGAGUACAUGCUGGCCCUGAAGCAGGAGCUGCGCAGGGCGAUGAGGGGGCUCCCCUACUUCGUCAAACCGGGCGCACCCCGCAGAGACAUUGAGCGCUACUCAGACAAGUACCAGCUCUCCAGCCCUACAGACAAUGCCAUCGACUGGAACCCAGACUGGAGGCGGCUUCCACGGGAGCUGAAGAUCCGGGUGCGGCGGCUAAGGAAAGGCAGGACCACUCCCCUCGUCCCCAAGCAACACGUGGCACUCGACAAAGAGGAGACUAUUAAGAAGCUGGAGAGCCUGGAGAAGAAGGAGGAGGAGGUGACAUCAGAGGAGGAAGAGGAGAAGGAGGAGGAAGAAGAAGGAAAAGAGGAGGAAGAAGAAGAGUAUGAUGAGGAGGAGCAUGAAGAGGAGACUGACUACGUCCUGUCCUACUUUGACAAUGGGGAGAGCUUCGGCCCUGACAGCGAUGAUAAUGGCGACGAGGCAGUGUACUGACCCUGAGAACGGAUACCCACAAGACCAUGCAUCCCCAGGCUGUGGGGAACCCCGAGAGUGGGGACCCUGCUGCAUCAGCGGGGACACACUGAAAGUGGGGACCCCCACACACCACGGGCACAGCAGGGACCCCUUGUCCUGCCCACAGGACAGUGGGGACCUCCUCACCCCUGCCCCAGUUAGCAGAGGUCCCCUCACCUCCCCAGGACAGUGAGGACCCCCUCACCCUAUCACCUGGAACCAGAGCCCCUCUUACAGCUCGGGAACAUUGGGGUCCCCUGUGAACCCUCCUUGGGGCGGCGGGGUCCCUUCUCCGCCCGUCAUUGCUCCGUGCCACCACCAGAUGGCGCCGGUGGUGUAGGCCCGGAGUGUGGGGCGGGACCCUCCAGUUUUGGGGGGAGACCCAGGGGGAUUCGUGCUUUUUGGAGUGGGUUUUGGUGCGAUAGGGAGUCCCGAAACGUGCCCUGGCCCUCCCCUCUUGGCCUCCCUUUGGCAGCAGCUUUCAUCUUUUGUGCUUUUUAAAACAAAUUUUGAGUAAAGUGGAUUUUGGUA